AUGGUUGCACAUUCCCGGCGCUCCGGAGCAGUGGGUCUGGAGCCAGAGGUGGGAAUUCUGGGAGCGGCGGUACCCAGGAUCCCUGUGUGUCCGGCGGCUCGUCUUCUCACCUGCCACAAACACACUCAUUCCAGGCCUGCCGCACGGGUCACAGGCCGGAUCCGGUGCAGAGGCGCUCAUCUGCUGGUGGCUAAAGUGGGCUCGAAUUUUAGUGCUGUGCUGAGUGGGAAUGACGGCGGAGUAUCCAGCCACUGUACGUGCUGUGACCUGUGA